AUGGCCACUCGCAGUGCUUCCCUGGAUGGCGACCCUGCUCAUGCUCCCCGGGCCCUGUUCACCGCACACCCAGGCAGGAGGUGCGCGCCACGCGGGAGCCCUGAGCCAGCGCGGAGAGAUGCACCUGGGAGCCCUGCUAGGAAUCCCAGCACUGCAAAUAGAGCAGCUGCUGACCAGCUGUCGGCCAAGGGCAAGAGUUCAAUGAAAAAAAAGUCUCAAAAUAUUAAAAAAUCAAGCCAAGAUGUUCAUGUGGUGUUGAAGCUUUGGAAGAGUGGGUUCAGCCUGGACAAUGGCGAACUCAGAAGCUACCAAGACCCAUCCAACGCCCAGUUUCUGGAGUCUAUCCGCAGAGGGGAGAUGCCAGCAGAGCUGCGGAGGUUAGCUCACGGCGGGCAGGUAAACGUGGACAUGGAGGACCAUCGGGAUGAGGACUACGUGAAGCCCAAGGGAGCCUUCAAAGCUUUCACUGGCGAGGGUCAGAAACUUGGCAGCACAGCUCCCCAGGUGUUGAAUACCAGCUCUCCAGCACAACAGGCAGCAAACGAAGCCAAAGCCAGCUCUUCCAUCGCAAUCAACGAGUCAGAGCCCACCACAAAUGUCCAAAUACGGCUCGCUGACGGCGGGAGGCUGGUGCACAGCUUUGUCCUCAUGACUACCUUCCCGAACAAAGAGCUGGCUGACGAGAACCAGACGUUGAAGGAAGCCAACCUGCUCAAUGCUGUCAUCGUGCAGCGGUUAACAUAA